GUGUGAAGGGGGUUGUCAUUACUGGCUCACUUCCUUCCUUUACCUCCAUCUGGAAAAAGCAGCAGCAGCAGCAGCAGCAAAAAGGAAAGACUGUCAAAUUAUUGAGAAUAGGAAAAGAAAGUGAGAGAAAAAGCGAGCUGAUGGACUGACAACAAGUAUAACGAGCAGUUUACCAACGAAGAAAUGCAUGUUAUACAGUUUUCCACGCAAGACACGACUUAAUUCGUUCCAGACAGAGGAAGUAAAAACCGAUUUGGGAUGAACGUUGAGCAACACAGUCACAGUUAGAUAUGUGUUACCAUCUCCUCAGUGCCAUCAGCUGUCUCUGCCUUCUUCACACUGGUUUCUGUGCUGAAGAAUGCAUUCAGGUCGUUCUGGCAGAACGUGAGACGUUGUAUGUACCAGCAGGUGGCAGUCUGUCUCUGUCCUGUGUGGUCCAGCACUGUGGAGGAGCCUGGACGGGGACCUGGAUGCGGAGAAACUCAACAGACCAAAAGUUAAGAGUGAGGCACCAUGUGACCAAUGUGACACUCUCAGACAAUAAAACUGAACUCAUCUUGAGUUUCCAGAGUGUCAACCAAUCAUACGAAGGCUCCUAUGGAUGCAGCGUUAAAUGGUCUCAAGGUGACACCGAGCAGGGACAUUUGAAGUAUGUGAACGUCACUGCAGCUGUCCCGUCUCAGAGGAGUGUGUUGCACAGGGUUUUGGUCUGUGCCGGUGCUUUUCUUUGUCUUCCCAUUAUUCUGGGAUUGGCUCGCUGCCUGAGUUCAGAGGUCAAGCCUCAGCCACUUCCUAGAACACUAGUGUCGACACACUCAGCUGUAUACAGAGACCAACCACAGCCGGCUCCACAGCCUCCACCUCGACGCCCCGUACCCCAGAAACGUAGCACUCCCUCCCACAAAGCUGCCCCCAAGACCCAGCAGAAGACUGAGGUGGUGUAUGCAGACAUUUCCCAGGAUGCACUGAGACAACAAGGAGCCACCAGAAACCCUGACCAGUCCAUUGUCUACUCAUCCCUCAGAUUUUCCUGACUGCAAAUCGAAGCAGAUGAAAAACUGUCAGCUGAGGAUCAAUUUUGUUUUUCCUUUUUGUGGGGUUUUGCUUGAUCCUGGACAUUUUCAGGGAACAUUUGAUGUGGGACCAGGGAGCUUCUCACUUUUCUGACGAAUAUUUCACUAUUACGUCAUUCUUGAGCUCAAGACCUUACCUGGAAAAUCAUUGAAGCAGAGGACAAAAUGAGAUACAAAAAAAUCCAGCAGAGUUGUUUUUGUCUCUCCAUGUCUAUGGGCUGUCCUGAUUACUCCUAGAUGUGGAAGUAGUGACUGCUUUAAAUGCCAAAAAUCCUUCAUGUGUAUAUAGCGGAGCCAAAUGUUUCUGAUGUGUUCAUGUAAAUAAAAUAUUAAAGUAUGAACAGAACCA